AUGGGAUAUGAAACCAUCUCAAUCUUAGUUCUGUCAAUCGCCGUGAUACUCUGGCGCUACCUCAACGCCACGGACCUGCCCAAGAUCAAGAACCUCCCGGAGAUCCCUGGCGUGCCCAUAUUCGGCAACCUGCUCCAGCUGGGCGAGCACCAUGCGAAGGUAGCUGCGGGCUGGGCCAAGAAGUACGGCCCCGUGUUCCAGGUCCGCAUGGGCAACAAGAGGAUCGUCUUUGUGAACAGCUUCGACUCCGUCAGGCAGCUGUGGGUGAAGGAGCAGUCGGCCCUGAUCUCGCGGCCCACGUUCCACACGUUCCACAGCGUCGUCUCCAGCUCGCAGGGCUUCACCAUCGGGACGUCGCCCUGGGACGAGUCGUGCAAGCGGAGGCGCAAGGCGGCGGCCACGGCGCUCAACAAGCCGGCCGUGCAGUCGUACAUGCCCAUCAUCGACCUGGAGGCGACGAGCAGCAUCAGCGAGAUCUUCGCGGACAGCCGGGACGGCAGCCUGGACGUCAACCCCAUCCCGUACUUCCAGCGGUACGCGCUGAACACGAGCCUGACGCUCAACUACGGCAUCCGCAUCGACGGCAACAUCCAGGAGAGCCUGCUGAAGGAGAUCGUCGACGUCGAGCGCGGCGUGUCCAACUUCCGCAGCACGAGCAACAACUGGCAGGACUACAUCCCGCUGCUGCGCUUGGUGCCCAAGGCCAAUACCGAGGCGGAGGAUUUCCGGGUCCGGCGCGACAAGUAUCUGACGCACCUGCUCGACAUCCUCAAGAAGAGGAUCGCAGAAGGCACGGAUAAGCCCUGCAUCACCGGGAGCAUCCUGAAGGACCCCGAGGCCAAGUUCAACGAUGCCGAGAUCAAGUCGAUUUGCCUCACCAUGGUCUCGGCCGGCAUCGACACGGUCCCGGGGAACCUGGUGAUGGCCUUGGCGUAUCUGGGCUCGGAGGACGGCCAGCGGAUCCAGAAGAUAGCGUACGAGGAGAUCAUGCGGGUCUACCCGGACAACGACGCAUGGGAAAAGUGCCUCGUCGAGGAGAAGGUGCCGUACGUCACGGCGUUGGUCAAGGAGGUCCUCCGCUUCUGGACCGUGAUCCCCAUCUGUCUCCCGCGGAAGAGCAUGCGGGACCUCCAAUGGGGCCCUGCUGUCAUCCCGGCCGGCACGACCUUCUUCAUGAAUGCCUGGGCCGCGGACUACGACGCGGACCACUUCAAGGAGCCAGAGAAGUUUGUUCCCGAGCGGUACUUGGAUCCCGCCCUCGACUCUGGGGGUACUCCUCACUACGGCUACGGCGCCGGCUCUCGCAUGUGCGCCGGCUCUCACCUGGGGAACCGGGAGCUGUACACGGCGUUCAUCCGCAUCAUCACGGCUUUCACCAUCCACCCGGCCGAGAACCCGGCCGACCGCCCGAUACUGAACGCCCUCGAGUGCAAUGCCAUCGCUACGUCGCUCACGACGGAUCCAAAGCCGUUCAAGGUGAGGUUCAAGCCGCGGAACCCAGAGCUUUUGAGGAAAUGGAUCCGAGAGAGCGAGGAGCGGACCAAGGACUUUUGA